ACCGUCAAACUACAGCAUCCCCAACCACGCGUUCAGAUUUGCGCACACGCUUCUUCUUCCUUCUCUAUCUCUCCCUCUAUAUAUCCUCCCAAGACUCCAUUCUUCUUCCUCACCCAAUUCUUCAGCGUUCACACCUUCCUUUCACACAAAACUCACCUUUUGAUCUUCCAAUUGGAACCUGUUUCUGUUGCGAACCUUGAUUUCACACCAACCCAGAGGACAAAGACCGAUUCUUUGAUGGAGAUUAGCCCGGUCCCAUUUCUUAAUCAGGAAGAUUAUUCACACUUCUAUAGCUUGUAUUCAGAGAUGGAUUCAUAUUUAGGUGUCAACGACAAUGCAAACAAGAGGGGUCGAAAGGACGACGAAGGAGGGAAUGAUGGUCGGAGAAGUGUUAAUGAGUACCAUGAUUUGAAGAAGAAUUCGUUGAAGGAUAUUUUCACUUCAUUGGUUCUGUUGGACGAAGAAGAUAAGCAAGAGGAGAAGAAGAGAGCUAUGGAAUCCGAGGAAGACAGAGCUAUGUUCGAGUAUAACUAUAAGCAGCAAACCCAAGCUAUGAAUGAUUACUAUGCACAGUUUCAGGACCACUACUCUCAGACGGAUGAGCUCGACCAUUCGGUAACCAAAAGGGCCCGCCGUUCUGCCUCCGCAAUGUCUGCUUCAGCUUCAGCUUCAGCUUCUGCUGCUGUUUCCGAAUCUGCUUUCAUUCCUGAUAAUGUGGGUUCUGAAAUUACGGCGCCGGCAAGUUCUGCAUCGCCGUCUUCGGGUCAGCACCAUCGCCGACUAUGGGUGAAGGACCGGUCAAAGGAUUGGUGGGAACGGUGUAACCAUCCUGACUUCCCGGAGGAAGAAUUCCGGCGAUCGUUCCGGAUGAGCAAAGCAACAUUUGAUAUGAUCUGCGAGGAACUUGACUCGGUGGUGAUGAAGAAGAACACGAUGCUUCGUGACGCUAUUCCGGUGAGGCAACGUGUUGCUGUGUGUAUUUGGAGAUUAGCCACAGGGGAUCCUCUUCGUCUUGUGUCAAAACGUUUCGGAUUGGGCAUAUCAACCUGUCACAAGCUUGUUCUUGAGGUGUGUUCUGCCAUCAAAACUGUUCUAAUGCCUAAGUUUCUUCACUGGCCUGAUGAAGGGAAGAUGAAUGAGAUCAAGCAGGAAUAUGAAUCGAUGUCUGGAAUACCAAACGUUGGAGGAUCAAUGUACACUACCCAUGUUCCCAUCAUUGCACCUAAGAUCAGCGUGGCUGCUUAUUUCAAUAAGCGUCACACUGAGAGGAACCAGAAGACUUCAUACUCAAUCACAGUUCAAGGGGUUGUAGAUCCUAAGGGGGUUUUCACUGAUGUGUGCAUUGGAUGGCCUGGUUCAAUGCCUGAUGAUCAAGUGCUGGAGAAAUCAGCUUUAUACCAGAGAGCGAGCAGGGGACUUCUGAAGGACGUUUGGAUAGUAGGAAAUUCUGGGUUUCCUUUAAUGGAUUGGGUUUUGGUUCCAUAUACCCACCAAAACCUCACUUGGACUCAACAUGCAUUCAAUGAGAAGAUUGGGGACGUUCAAAAAGUUGCCAAGGAGGCCUUUGCUAGAUUGAAAGGUAGGUGGGCUUGCUUGCAGAAGAGAACAGAAGUCAAGCUACAAGACUUGCCUGUUGUUCUUGGAGCUUGCUGUGUUCUGCAUAAUAUCUGUGAGAUGAGAAACGAAGUGAUGGAUCCAGAGUGGAACUUCGACCUCUUUGAUGAUGAGAUGAUCGCUGAGAACAACAUACGCUCUGCCAAUUCAGUCCAAGCUAGGGAUUACAUAGCCCACAAUUUGUUGCAUCAUGGUCUUGCAGGCACCAGCUUUUUGUAGUAGAUUUGGUUUUUUCUUCUUCUGAUUUUGUAUUUUUAAUCUUAUUGUCAUUCUUUUGGCUAUGUAUUCUUAGUCAUUAGCAGAGAAUGGUUGUC